UUGGUCCAAGUGCUAUAAAGUCUUAUAAUCAUCCCCUUUGAUCUGUCUAUGGCCAUGAACGUUUGCCCAUACACAUUGAGCUGGCAGGGUUUCUUUCAUUAACCAGAUAGAGAAGAAAGGCAUGCCUAGGCUUAGGAAUGAAGGAGGAGGGCACCCAAAUUUCUCUCGGUCCUCCAGUUAUAGCGGACAGUUUUAUGGGGAACCACUGGAUAAGCAGCUAUCUAAGAAGCCCAUACCCAUGAGAAAGCUGACGUCACAACCUGAGCUUCUCACUCGGGAUAAGUCUAAAAAGCCCAUCCCCAUGAGAAAUUUGGAGGCGCCGCCAUUUUAUCACAGAAUAGCAGCCCCUGUUGAGGCAGGGAACAAAAAAGUCAGCGCUAAAAUGCUGGUCAAAGUGACAAUUGCAGAGAGCAUUGGGCCCCUUCGUGUCUUACUCUGUGAAGAUGCAACGGUUGUGGAGGUGAUAAAAGCAGCGCUUGCUAUGUACAUGAAAGAAGGCCGCAGACCCAUUCUCACCUCUGACCCACUUUCUUUCGGCUUACAUUACUCCCAAUUUACCAUAGACUGUUUGACUCCCGAGCUCAAAAUGAAGGACUUGGGCUCUCGUAAUUUCUUCUUGUGUCCAAAGAGGGAAAGUUUAACGCCUGCUGUUAGUUGCAGAACAGAAAUGGAGACAUUUUCGAGAUUGAGGUAGCCCUGGUACAAGUUAAUGGAGUAUUUUCUCGCACUGUCAUAAGACUAUUUGGUGGAUACAGAUCAAGUUACAUGUAAAUUCUAUGCAUUUCUUGUUCUAGAUUGGUGGUGAAAUCAGAACCAGAAAAUAAUAUGGCUUUGCUGAUAUUAGGUAGCCCCAGAAACAUGUUCAUCCUUCAAGGACGAUUUGUUUGUUGUGAAAUAUUAUCGACAAAUUGAUUUAAAAUUGUAUUAUAAUGUGAAUUUAGAUUUGGAUAUGCAUUUGAGUAUUUUAAACA